AUGUCUGCCCGACCUGAGAACAUUGGCAUUAAGGCCGUGGAGAUCUAUUUCCCAAGCCAGUGCGUGGAUCAAGCUGAGCUGGAGAAAUUCGAUGGCGUGAGCCAGGGAAAAUACACGAUUGGGCUUGGCCAGACCAAGAUGAGCUUCUGCGAUGACAGAGAAGAUAUUUACUCUUUUGCGCUCACUGUGACCUCGAACCUCCUGAGCAAAUACAACAUUGAUCCGAACUCGAUCGGCCGCCUAGAGGUUGGCACGGAGACCAUCCUCGACAAGUCAAAAUCUGUCAAAUCCGUCCUCAUGCAAUUGUUCCCAGGCAACUCGAACAUUGAGGGUGUGGAUACCGUUAAUGCUUGUUACGGAGGCACAAAUGCGGUAUUCAACGCCGUGAACUGGGUGGAGUCCUCUGGCUGGGAUGGUCGGGAUGCGAUCGUCGUGGCAGGCGAUAUUGCGUUGUAUGCCAAAGGCAAUGCUAGACCAACUGGUGGCGCUGGUGCCGUUGCCAUGCUGAUCGGGCCUAACGCCCCAAUGGUUAUUGAGCCCGGGCUUCGCGGAAGCUACAUGCAGCAUGCGUAUGACUUCUACAAGCCAGAUCUGACCAGCGAAUAUCCCAUCGUUGAUGGUCACUUUUCCCUCAGAUGCUACACCGAGGCCGUUGAUGCCUGCUAUAAAGCAUAUAAUAAGCGCGAGGCGACACUCAAAUCGGCCGCGAAUGGACAUGCCGCCAACGGUCAUGCAAAUGGAAAUGGUGCUUCCCCUGAGAAGUCUUCCGUUGACCGAUUCGACUACAUGACCUUCCACGCUCCUACUUGCAAGCUCGUUGCCAAAUCGUACGCACGACUGCUUUACAAUGACUUCCUCGCGGAUCCAUCAUCCCCAGCUUUCGCUGACGUUCCUGCCGAGCUUCGCGACAUGGAAUACAAUCAAUCGCUGUCCGACAAGGUCGUCGAGAAGACUUUCAUGGGGCUGACCAAGAAGCGCUUCAACGAGCGCGUCCAGCCCAGCAUCCAGGUGCCCACGAUGUGUGGAAACAUGUACUGUGCAAGCGUCUAUGGUGGACUGGUGAGCUUGUUGAGCAACAUUGACAGCGAGGCCUUACAAGGAAAGAGAAUCGGUGUUUUCAGUUACGGUAGCGGGUUGGCCUCUAGUCUGUUUUCGUUGAGAGUUAGUGGACCUACCGAUGUCAUCCAGAAGAACCUCAGCCUCCAGGGGAGACUUGAUGCGCGACGAACAGUCGCACCAGAGGUCUACGAUGAGAUGUGUGAUUUACGCAAGAAGGCUCAUUUACAAAAGAGCUAUACACCCAACGGCAGCUCUGAGACCAUUGCUAAGGGUGUAUAUUACCUCACCGGCGUCGACGACAUGUUCCGCCGCAAGUACGAGGUCAAGGCAUAA